UUUGCCCCUUUCCUCACAAAAAGCACAACGUCCUUAUCUUCUCCUGUUUUUUCCUCCUCAAAAUCUAAUUUUCUCUCGAUUUUUCUUAGUUACCCUUUCUCAGAUCUAGAGUCAUGGAGAUGGAACGCGUAACAGAGUUUCCUCUCACGCAUCUGGAUCGUCGGCCGCGAAAGCGGGCGCGUCUGGGCUGGGACGUGCCUCAGGCACCGAAGGCUCAGGUAGGAUUAUUUUGUGGACAAGAUGUUGGGAAUGUAACAAGCUUUGCACCUUCAAGAGCUCCCUCAGACUAUACCACUAGUUCUCUAUUUGUAAAGAGUGUGGCUCGAAAUGGUUCUCCCCCAUGGCGUGAGGAUGACAAAGAUGGCCAUUACACGUUUGCGCUUGGAGAUAGUUUAACUUCACGCUAUAAGAUUCACAGCAAAAUGGGUGAAGGAACCUUUGGUCAGGUUUUAGAAUGCUGGGACCGGGAAAGGAAAGAAAUGGUUGCCAUCAAAAUUGUUCGUGGAAUCAAGAAAUACCGUGAAGCAGCAAUGAUUGAAAUUGAGGUUCUGCAACAACUUGCAAAACAUGACAAAGGCGGCAAUCGUUGUGUGCAAAUACGGAACUGGUUUGACUAUCGUAACCAUAUCUGUAUUGUGUUUGAGAAGCUUGGACCUAGCUUAUACGAUUUUCUACGGAAAAACAAUUAUCGCUCAUUUCCCAUUGAUCUAGUCCGUGAGAUUGGCAGACAACUGUUGGAAUGUAUAGCAUUCAUGCAUGAUCUAUCUCUGAUACAUACUGAUUUGAAGCCUGAGAAUGUACUGUUAGUUUCUUCGGAGUACAGUAAGGUUCUUGAUUACAAGGGUUCUUCCCGCUCGCCAAAGGAUAGUUCUUACUAUAAAAGAGUUCCAAAGUCAAGUGCUAUUAAGGUGAUAGAUUUUGGUAGCACAACUUAUGAACGCCAAGAUCAGAACUACAUUGUAUCCACACGGCAUUAUCGUGCACCGGAGGUUAUCCUUGGACUUGGGUGGAGUUAUCCAUGUGAUAUAUGGAGUGUUGGUUGCAUCUUGGUGGAGUUAUGCACGGGGGAAGCGUUGUUUCAAACUCAUGAGAAUUUGGAGCACCUUGCAAUGAUGGAGCGGGUCCUUGGUCCCUUGCCGUCACAAAUGUUAAAGAGAGUAGACCGACAUGCAGAGAAGUAUGUCAGAAGGGGUAAGUUGGACUGGCCAGAAGGUGCAACCUCAAGGGAUAGCAUGAAAGCUGUGUUGAAGCUUCCUCGCCUUCAGAACCUAAUAAUGCAGCAUGUAGACCAUUCAGCCGGGGAUCUCAUACAUCUAUUGCAAGGACUGCUUAGGUAUGACCCCAUGGACAGACUAACAGCCCGUGAUGCCCUCAGGCAUCCAUUCUUUUCUAGGGAUCAUUUGAGGAGAUGAGCGAGAACCCUGUGAAGCCCUGGUGUGAUUCAGUUGAGUUGCUGUAGUGGGGUGGCCAGAAGCAACUUAUUAUAGUUUGGUGUGCCAAGUAUCUCAAGUGUGCUUCUGCUUCUGCUGCUUGACUGUCUGGCCGCCUUCCCAAUUUGAAGGAAGGCUGCGUCUGUAAAUAUUUUUCCUCAACACCAAAAGCUUUCUGGAUGCUCUGUACAUGUGAAGCUAGAUUUUUAGCGUGAUGUUCUAAUGAAAAAUUCUGAGACUAACCAAAGUGUACAACAGAACUAUUUGCGACUGGAGAAUUAGUUUUUACUGAUGAUUCAUGUAAUGCUCUCUUAAGUUUAGUUUGGCCUCUUUCUUGCUGUCUUCACAUUUUUAUUAUUUUUAAUUUUCUUGUCAUUUAUAU